AUGGAGUACACCGAUUGGGAUGCAUUCGUAGAUGUAAGGCUUUCUUCAGAGACAGAUCCAAUGUUGCGUAAUGAAUCCUCAUCAACAAUGGAUGUUCUACUGGAAUUCAAUUUUCAGACCAUAAAAAGAUGGUUAGAUGAUAGAUGUAUUCUUACAAGGGAAGAUAAUGAACCAGCGAUAUCAAGAUUUACUUUAGUCAAUUUCACGGCUGCUUACGAUGAGUUAAAGCAACUACUAGUGGAAGAACUAAAAACAUAUGGCAUGAGUGAUCGGUACAUGAAAGAACAACUUGCUGAUGAAGGAAUUCACCUUGGGCGAGCUAUAGAUGAAAGUUUGUUGCAGUCAGGACGAAUUCGUGGUGAUAGACCCGUGGUUCCUGCAAGCUUGGAGGCGAUUGUGUCGCUGCCAAAGAAGAAGGAUGAGAAAGAAAGAAAGAGGGAGAGGGAAAGGGAUCGGGAUGUGGAGCGAAGGAAUAGAGAGAAAGAGCAUAAGGCACGUGAGCAUGCUCGAUUGGAGAAAUUGGCCAAGUUAGAGCGUGGAGCUGGAUUUUCAGGGAAGAUUUCUCUGGUUGAUAGCCACUGGUUGGAGAAGAAGCUCGAGGAGAUGACGGAGAGAGACUGGAGAAUUUUCAGGGAAGAUUUCAGUAUUUAUUACGAGGGUUCUAAAAUUCCUCGUCCUGUGAGGAGCUGGAUUGAGAACAAGUUGAGUCCUCAGUUGUUGAAGGCAGUGGAGAGGGCUGGCUAUAAGAAUCCUUCGCCAAUUCAGAUGGCUGCCAUUCCUCUUGGCCUGCAGCAGCGUGACUUGAUUGGUGUCUCUGAGACUGGUUCGGGAAAAACUGCUGCUUUCCUUCUUCCCAUGUUGAUUUACAUUACCUGUCUUCCGCCUAUGACAGGAGAGAAUAGGGCCGAGGGACCUUAUGCCGUAGUGAUGGCGCCUACUAGAGAGCUCGCUAAGCAAAUUGAGAACCUACUAGAGAGCUCGCUAAGCAAAUUGAGAACGAGACCACAAUGUUUGCAAAAUAUCUGGGCAUCGACGUUGUUUCUAUUGUUGGUGGGCAAUCCAUUGAAGAGCAAUGCAUUAGAAUUGGGCGUGGGUGUGACGUUAUAA